CUCCCUCCGGCCGGCAGGCUGGGCGCACAGGGGCGCGGGCCCCCGCCCGGCGCGCAGCGGCACCAUGGGCACGGUGCUGUCCCUGUCCCCCAGCUACCGGAAGGCCACGCUGUUUGAGGAUGGCGCGGCCACGGUGGGCCACUACACGGCCGUGCAGAACAGCAAGAACGCCAAGGACAAGAACCUGAAGCGGCACUCCAUCAUCUCCGUGCUGCCUUGGAAGAGGAUCGUGGCCGUGUCGGCCAAGAAGAAGAACUCCAAGAAGGUGCAGCCAAACAGCAGCUACCAGAACAACAUCACGCACCUCAACAAUGAGAACCUGAAGAAGUCGCUGUCGUGCGCCAACCUGUCCACGUUCGCCCAGCCCCCACCGGCCCAGCCGCCCGCGCCCCCUGCCAGCCAGCUCUCGGGCUCCCAGACCGGGGUCUCCUCCUCGGUGAAGAAGGCCCCGCAUCCGGCUCUCAGCUCCGCAGGGACGCCCAAGCGUGUAAUCGUCCAGGCGUCCACCAGCGAGCUGCUGCGCUGCCUGGGCGAGUUUCUCUGCCGCCGGUGCUACCGCCUGAAGCACCUGUCCCCCACGGACCCUGUGCUCUGGCUGCGCAGCGUGGACCGCUCGCUGCUUCUGCAGGGCUGGCAGGACCAGGGCUUCAUCACGCCGGCCAACGUGGUCUUCCUCUACAUGCUCUGCAGGGAUGUCAUCUCCUCCGAGGUGGGCUCGGACCACGAGCUCCAGGCCAUCCUGCUGACCUGCCUGUACCUCUCCUACUCCUACAUGGGCAACGAGAUCUCCUACCCGCUCAAGCCCUUCCUGGUGGAGAGCUGCAAGGAGGCCUUUUGGGACCGCUGCCUCUCCGUCAUCAACCUCAUGAGCUCCAAGAUGCUACAGAUCAACGCCGACCCACACUACUUCACACAGGUGUUCUCCGACCUGAAGAAUGAGAGCGGUCAGGAGGACAAGAAGCGGCUCCUCCUGGGGCUCGAUCGGUGAGCCCUGUGGUCCGCAUCAUGGCUCAAGGAUUCAAUUCAUUUUUAAAAAUUUAUUAAGCAAAUCAGAUUUUGUGUACAGUAUAUGUCUAGCGAAGCCACCGAGGGCCUGUCCCUUCCCACCUUCUCUCCUUGGGGUUUUCUUCAGCCCUGCCAAGAACUCUGGGCGCUUUUGAACUCCCGAACCUUGUGCAAAACCCAGAAGAUGUAUCGAGCCACCCAGGCCGCCGACCUCUCAACUUUGGGGAAUUCAAAGGACUGACCUGCCUCUGCCACCUGUGCCCUUGCUGGACCGGGGCAGGUGACCACUGUGGGUGAGGCUGCCCGCUGUGCCUAGCAUGGGAGCCGGAGGGGGGUCGCCUCCGGCCAGUUGGCCCAGGGAGCAGUUGGCGUUUUUGGUUGGAGGUCCUUUUCUGGCUCCUGUUUUGGGUCGUCCGUUCUCCCCGAGGCCUGUGGAGCUCGCCACCUUGACCGAGCCACGAGUGGGGGUGUGAAGGCAGGAUGCCCGCCACCCUGGGACCCCUCUUCAGUCGUGGAGAAGCCGGCCUGGUACAAAGAUUGUGUCCUCUCGUUUGGCCGUGCACGACCCUGGUUUGCUCUUUUGUCUUUUUUAGGGAGAAGGGCUUUCCUUUAGUGAAGACACGGAACUUGUCCCCCCCGCCCCCAGCCAUGUUGAUGGUGGUGGUUAAUGAGCUGGUUUGACUCAUUAAGUUCUUUGAUUUUGGUUUCUCGCUAAAGGGGUGGGGUGAAGCUGGGGGCAGUUCCGUUCCUGGGUGAAUUUUUCAUUUGACUAAUGCAGCUUACUCACCCUGUGGCGGAGGCCAGGGCAGUUGCAGGUGCCCACUACCGACAGCCUGCCUCCUGGGUGGGUGAGAGGGUCGUGCCUGAGACUGGCUAAUGCCCACCCAUGGGCUCAAGCCUCUUGCCGGUGCAUGUGACAUUUCGUCUGCAGGGCUGGGGUGAGGGAGUGAUGUCAGAUCAGGGUGAUGUGGUAGUGAUGGCACCCCCCAUCCCCACCCCUGUUCAUUUAAAGCCGUUUCCAAACAGUUCAGUUUCUUCCGAAGAGGCAGCCUUGCCUGCAAGGCCCCAGUGAGGCCGCUGGGUCUUGGAGACCCUUCCAAGAUGGGAGUAGUGCUCCCGGUUGCUUCGGAAGCCUGCUGAUUCUGUACCUGGUCAUUUGCAGCUGCUGCUUGGGGUGCCCACCUUGCCCUAACGGCCGCGAGAACACGGGAUGUGUGCUUCAUCAGUUCCUUUCUAAUUCUCCCCAAUUUGGUGGCUUGGGACUUGGGAGAGGGGCGGGGGAAGGGAGCGAGCCUUCCUCCAUGGCCGGCACUCUGGCUUUAGGGAACAAAGACCAACGUGAAGCCGCUCUGGGGACUUCUCUCUUCCAGUCCCAGCAAUCCCCCCCCCCCCCUCCGGGAGUGCCGGAGGGGGGACCAGAGGGGAUGGCAGAGCGCCCUUUGACACAGGAUUAGGUUCCAGGUGGCUGCUGGUUUCAGCACAAACACUACUGAAAUUGACACUUAACAAGAGAAAGCUGUGAAAGCGCUCCCAUUCCGGGACCAGAGGAGGAGGGUCUGCCCCCGGCCAGAGCGUCUGCCGGGCUGGGCCUCGAGGCCUGCGCGGAGCCUCCCCCUGCCCCCCGGGCCUGCCAGCGAACCUCCGUGGAGUUGGAAGGGACCUGCGGCUGCCAGCACCCCUGCACAGACUGGCCAAGGCGCCAGUUCCCCAGCGGAGCUGUCACACAGCCGGGGCCGUCUGUUCAGAUCCUGCCUCCACGUGCGACCAGAGGUAGGAGGCGAGGUCCAGGUGCCGAGUUUCCAGAGGAGGGGGCGCGUUUCCCUCAUCCGCUCAUUAGGCGGCUGAACUUGGCCUGAAACCGUGAGGUUAGGUUGUAUCCCCGGGAUUCUGGUUUUAUGCGUUUCCUUCUCUCUUUCUCCGUAUUUAUUUUUUUAUUUCUUGGAGGAGGUGCAAAUUUCAGGAGUGGCCGGGGACUUAAGGAAAUAAGUCUCUGGUUCCCCCUCCCCCCCGCCCCCCCAGUGUGAAGCCUGCCACGUUCUGCUCUCAGUCCUUGCGCCCGUCAGGAUCGUGAAGGAACCCGUGUACUUGAGCGUGCAGGCAGUGAACCCAUUUGACAUGCUGCUAUGAAGACUACUUUUAGAACAACGAUAAAAAAAAAAAAAAGGAAAAAAACCUAACCUACAGAAAAAGAAACAAAACCCUUUAUUCUUUAAUUGUUGCUUUUACAGUGAUAUUGUGCAUGCGAACCAGGAGCAUUUUGUGUCUUAAGAAAAAUAAUCUUAGAACAGAUGGCCGUGAGCAUUACACCCGUUGACAGAACAAGUCACAGGAAUAAUAGUUCAGGAUUUGGUUUUUCUCUUUUUCUUGUAAACCCGACGGGUUGAUAUAUUCUUUCCAUACGACUAUUAGAAUCUAGUUUUGUUCCAACAGUUGUUAAACUUGCAAUGAAAAGAAAAUGUGCCAUUUUUUCCCCACUCGGAAUUAUUCAUAGCUGUAUAUUUGAAACUGCUAAUUACGCGUGCAGUGUGUGUUGGUUCUUAGUGCAAUUUGUUCUGUAGCUCUUCUUUGACCAAACCGUGGGUAUUGUUAAUAUUAAUUUAUAUUUGUCUCAUUCUGUAUGUGUGUGUAGUGUGUUUGUAAGUAUGUGUGGUUUAUAAUCUGACAAGGUCAUGAAGCUCAGUUUGGCUGUAAUUUAAUUCCCCUUCCCUUAUUUUUAUUUAUUUUUGUACUGUGCUGAUUAAAUAAAAUGCACUGACCAUCCAUUA